AGGACACCGCUUAGCUUUGUGUCUGAUGCAGUGAACGACACUCGUCGGCGGGAAGCCCAUUAAACAAGCUCAAAGCCCAACCCCAGCUCAGUUCUCAACUUCUCUCCUCUCUCUCUCUCUCUCUCUCAGCUUUUUACCUGAAAACCCGGCGAGCCCGGCGGUGUCUCCCUUUCGACCCUCUCCUACUCUUUUUCUCUCUCUAAAUCUGAUCGACUCUCUCUCUCUCUCUGUUGCUGAUUUUGCCCGAAUCUUACGGGGCAUUGUUUGUUCUUUGCGUCUCUUGUCUUAGUGACACUGCUGCUGCCCUUUCUCUGUUUUCUUUAGCUGUAAGAAUUUUCCGGCCUUAUUUUGGUGAUUCUGAUCUUCUACUUUUCCGGCUGAUUAUUCUCUUGGCCUUACCAGACCACCUCAGUAACAAAUUUUGCUCCUUUUUUUUUAUUUUCCGGCUUGUUAUGAAGAUAAAUUAGAAGGCUUUGAUGUCGAUGAAGUCGUCUUACUCAUGGAUAUGGGUGUUCAAGAAGAAGAAUAGCUUUUCAGAUGGGAUGCAGGGAAAAGGCGGUGGAUUAAAGAUGAAGCAGGUGUCAUUUAUGGGAGUUGUGUGUACAGUAAUGUUGUUCAUCGUGUAUAGAACCACCAAUUAUCAAUAUCAGGCUUAUAAGGAGACAGAGAUGGAAGAAAAAAUGCAUUCUUUUAACCAGGAAAUUCUUUUAAGUUCUAGAGCAUUGGAUGGUUUGCCUCGUGGCAUAGUACAAGCUAGGUCAGAUUUGGAGCGGAGACCUUUAUGGCUGACUAGUUCAAAGAUAACGGCUGAUUAUAGCAAUCGAAACUUGCUGGCUAUGGCAGUUGGAAUUAAGCAGAAAGAUAGUGUUGAUGAUAUUGUGCAAAAGUUCCUUCCAGAAAAUUUUACAAUCAUACUAUUCCAUUAUGAUGGGGAUGUUAAAGGGUGGUGGGAUCUUGAGUGGAGUGAUGAGGCAAUACACAUAGUUGCCCGCAACCAAACCAAGUGGUGGUUUGCAAAACGAUUUCUACACCCAGAUGUUGUGUCCAUUUAUGAUUACAUAUUCCUUUGGGAUGAAGAUUUGGGGGUUGAGAACUUCAACCCAGCAAGGUACCUUGAAAUUGUAAGAGGAGCAGGACUGGAGAUCUCCCAGCCCGCUCUGCAUCCAAAUUCUUCUGAGAUACAUCACCGAAUUACAGUUCGUGCUAAAAAAAAGAAGUUCCAUAGAAGAAUUUAUGAUAGCAGAGGCAGUGUGAAAUGUACAGAGGAAAGUCGAGGACCACCAUGCACUGGGUUUGUUGAAGGUAUGGCUCCGGUCUUCUCAAGAUCUGCCUGGGAUUGCACUUGGCAUCUUAUACAGAAUGAUCUUGUGCAUGGAUGGGGUCUGGACAUGAAGCUUGGGUAUUGUGCGCAGGGCGACCGUACAAAAAAUGUGGGAGUUGUUGAUACUGAAUAUAUUUUUCAUAAGGGUAUACAAAGCUUGGGAGGGGGUGACUCUCAGGAAAGAAAGGUUUCCAAUUCUAAGAAGAAACGAAUUGUUUCAAAUCAUGAUGGAAGAACUGAGAUUCGGAGACAGUCAACUCGGGAGUUCACAGUGUUCAAAGAGCGGUGGAAUCAUGCCGUAGAAGAAGACACAAAGUGGAUCGAUCCAUUCAAAAACGACCAAAGACGGAAAAAGAAACAGCGGUUACGCAGCAGCAGCAAUCACUGAAGCUCUCUCUUAACUCCAGAAAAUAUCAGUGCACCUUCUCAUACACAGUCAUCUAUACUCAGGUAGUUUAGUCUCUGUAGCAUUGGUCAAACUCGAUAAUCUAUUCAUUUUUUUAACCUCGAGAAAACUUUGUUCCCUGCAACUCCAUUUACCUCCCUUGUAAAUCGUUCCAGCUCCUUUUGCUCUUCUCUUAUACAAGGUUUCCAAUUGUUGUUCCAGUUCCUAGACAAGGCUGUAGCUAUUCAUUGGGGACUUGG